AUGAGGCUGACCAGCAGAUUGCUCAUGAAGAGCACAAACCUUGCGCUUCAGAUGGACUUUAACGCCAACACCAUCCAGGUAUUCCAGUCGUCUGACAAUGCGCCUCUUGCAAAGGCCACGGAACCUUUGGCCAACGAUCUUUCAGGCAGUGGCCAGUUGCACUUUGGCGCUAACAAGAACCCCACGAGUCCCGGUACGGAUGUGCUGAGGUCUGGAUUCCAGGAGAGUGGCAUUUUGGAAGGUGUUGUCUAUGGCGGUAUCUUCGUCGAGGAUAGCGCCAGUGGCACUGUCACGCUUUCUUAG